GAGCGCUGUCGCUCCGCGACACUUGUUAUUGAUAAGUGCGGGGAUUGAUUCAUUGUUCCAGCUAUAUAGGAUGUCUCUUCGGGCUGCAGUAACCCGAUGUGUGCUUACGAGCUGCAGAGCGAAACUCAACACCACUCUGUCGCCGUCUCACCAGUGCCAGCAACGUCGACACUCCAUAGGCCAGAAGCUCCUCGGCUUCUACCAGCGACUGUGGCCGGCUGCGGCGGCACUCAAGCCUCCCUACCAGCACGUCUGCCAGGUCGGCGACCCCGUACUGAGGUCGCCGGCGAUCGAAGUCGACGUCAAUCGAAUUAAAUCGAUGGAGGUGCAGCGGUUGAUCGUCGCGCUGGUCGCGGGGCUGAGGCGCACGCGCGCCGUCGGGCUGUCCGCGACGCAGCUCGGCGUCGGCCGCCGCGUGUUCGUCGUCGAGUUCACGCAGCAGCACCUCGAGAACUACGCGCCGGCGAUGCGGGCGCGCCGCGAGCAGACGCUCGUGCCGCUACGCGUCCUCGUCAACCCGACGAUGCGAGUCGUCGACGAGACGCGCCUCGUGUUCAACGAGGGCUGCCUCAGCGUCGCCGGGUUCAGCGCCCAAGUGCCGAGGUUCCGCGAGGUCGAGGUGUCCGCGUACGACGCAGACGGUGAACCGUUCACGUGGUGCGUGAGUGGCUGGGCCGCGCGCAUCGUUCAGCACGAGAUGGACCACUUAGACGGAAAGCUUUACAUUGAUCGGAUGGACAGGCUGACGUUCCAGUAUGACGAGUGGGCCAGGGUGAACGUGAGAGGAAAACUAUGACAGCAGUACGCAGUCGUAUAGCAUGUAGUAUAGCAUCUAUUUGUACCCGUUUCAUAUUAUGCACCAUGACUGUUUUCUGGUGUGACGCUGAUGUUGUUCAUGUGGCUAAGUGUAACAAUAAACAGAGAAGAUUGUUUUUUUUA